AUGUUUGCGGUGCACUCGAGGAGUACGUACGGUUGUUUUGUAGCAGAACUUGGCAAUAAGUUUCCCCUGGAACUUCACAACACAAUGUUUGCUGCAGCGGAGGAGCUGUUUGAUUUCCCCACAGAAACCAAAAUGAAACUCACUUCUGAACAAGUUUUCCAUGGCUAUGUCGCCAAUCCUCCUGUCCGCGAAAGUAUGAUGCUUAAUAACGCAACCUCCUCCCCUGAAGAAACUCAGAAGUUGAGGAAUGUCUUCUGGCCCAACGGAAAUGAUAUUGUCCGGGAGGGUGCUAAUUCAUACGCGAAGAAGUUGGCGGAGUUGGAUAAAAUUGUUACGAGAAUGGUAUUUGAAAGCUAUGGGUUAGAGAAGAACUUUGAUGCUCACUUGGAAUUAACAACUCGUACUCUCUCACUUAUAAAAUGUAGAGAACAUCAUGAGACGGAGACCAAUGAAGGGAUUAAAAGCCAUACAGACAAGCAGUACUUAACCACCAUUCUUCAUCAAAACCGAGUGAGGGGUCUGGAGAUAAAAACACAUGAUGGUGAAUGGAUUGGGAUCAAGGUAUGGAGCAACGACAGGAUUCAAGCAAGCGUCCAUCGAGUAAUGUUGGUUGAAAAUGAGAGAUACUUAGUCGGGAUGUUUGCAUUCCAUGAUGGGACGAUACAUGUGCCAGAAGAAUUGGUUGACGAAGAGCACCCUUUGAAAUACAAACCGUUUAAUAAUCGUGAAUAUGCCAAAGCACAAGCCACUCUAUUUCAGCAAGAAAUUUCAGUCAAAGCCUUUUGUGGUAUUACCACUUAA